GGCCAUGGCCUCGCUGCUGGGACCUUACCCGUGGCCCGAGGGGCUCGAGUGCCCAGCCCUGGAAGCUGAGCUGUCGGAUGGGCUGUCGCCGCCGGCCGCCCCGCGCCCGCCCGGGGACAAGGGGUCGGAGAGCCGUAUCCGGCGACCCAUGAACGCCUUCAUGGUGUGGGCCAAGGACGAGAGGAAACGUCUGGCGGUGCAGAACCCGGACCUGCACAACGCCGAGCUCAGCAAGAUGCUGGGAAAGUCGUGGAAGGCGCUGACGCUGUCGCAGAAGAGGCCCUACGUGGACGAGGCGGAGCGGCUGCGCCUGCAGCACAUGCAGGACUACCCCAACUACAAGUACCGCCCGCGCAGGAAGAAGCAGGCCAAGCGCCUCUGCAAGCGCGUGGACCCCGGCUUUCUCCUGAGCUCCCUGUCCCGGGACCAGAACGCCCUGCCCGAGAAGCGAGGCGCCAGCCGGGAGGCGCUGGGGGACAAAGAGGACAGGGGUGAGUACUCCCCGGGCGCCGCCCUGCCCAGCCUGCGGGGCUGCUACCACGAGGCGCCGGCAGCCGGCGGCACCCCGGGCAGCACGGACACCUACCCUUACGGGCUGCCCACGCCCCCGGAAAUGUCGCCCCUCGACGUGCUGGAGCCGGAGCAGACCUUCUUCUCCUCCCCCUGCCAAGAGGAGCAUGCGCACUCCCGCCGCAUCCCCCACCUGCCCCGGCCCCCCUACUCCCCGGAGUAUGGCCCCAGCCCGCUCCACUGCCGUCACCCUCUGGGCUCCCUGGCCCUCGGCCAGUCCCCGGGCGUCUCUAUGAUGUCCGCUGUACCCGGCUGUCCCCCGUCUCCUGCCUAUUACUCCCCUGCCGCCUACCACCCUCUGCACUCCAACCUCCAUGCCCACCUGGGCCAGCUCUCCCCGCCCCCCGAGCACCCCGGCUUUGACGCGCUGGAUCAGCUGAGCCAGGUGGAACUCCUGGGGGACAUGGAUCGGAAUGAAUUCGACCAGUAUUUGAACACUCCUGGCCACCCAGACUCUGCUGCAGGGGCCGUGGCUCUCAGCGGGCAUGCCCCGGGCUCUCAGGCGGCACCGGCGGGCCCCGCAGAGACCAGCCUCAUCUCCGUGCUGGCCGAUGCCACGGCCACGUACUACAACAGCUACAGCGUGUCAUAGAGCCCGAGGCCGCCCGUCCAGCCCUGCCUCGACGCCGCCGCUCUCCGCCCCGCGCCCUGAGCAGAGCCGACCGCGAGGUGCUGCUGCCCAGGGUGGGCACGUCCUCCCUGCGGGCCCUACGAGCCGGGUCCGCAGGUCCGAGUACCCUCUCCGCCCCCUUCUCUGCCCGCCCCACUCCCGGAAGCCUGCGUUUUGGGAGUAUUCCUUCAAAUGAGUUUUCAUUGGUGACACCUAGGAAUAAGGCAAAGUCGUUGCUGAAAGACGCUGGUUCCAGGUGGGAUUUUCACAGACCUCUCCUCCCUGUCCCCAUCUCAAACACAAAUGUGUGAGAAGCCCAGAUGCAUUCACACUGCCCAGGCUUCUGAUGCAACCGCAGGGAUACAGCCGUCCCGAACUUUGGUGGUGGGGAACCCUGGGCUGGGAUCCAGGGAUCCAGGGUCUUCAGAGGGCUGGCCUCUCCUCCCCUUCCAGCCUGUGCCCCCCAUCUAUAAAGUGAGGGACAUAUUGGACGUCUAAGGUCCCUUCUGCUCCAGGGUUUUCUGACUUAGGAUUCUUGCAAGGCUCAAAGGAGAAGGUUUUGACUCAGCAAGCUCCUUAAGGUGUAACCUGUGAUAAUUCCUUGUGCACAGCCCAGGGCUCUCUGCACUUGCACUGCCGUCCAAACUGAUCUUAGUCAUCCAAAGGACUCUUCCAAUUUGAGAAAAGAACACUCUCAUCCUGAUUUGGGAAAUUGACCACUAGGGUUGACUGCAUCACUGAAAAUGAGGUUGAUUCAAGCUGUAUUUUAAAAAUAUAUUUUAGAUGUUCUUUUUUAUUAUUAUUAUUAUUAUUAUUCACACAUUUCAAGAGAGUAUAUAUGCAGCCUGAAUAUACACAGUCAGUGCGAGAGAUGCAGCACACACACCUUCACGCACACCCUUCCACGCAUGCCUGUGCAGCCUAAACCAGAUACUCUUGUUGACAUUGGCAACUUUUUUGUCAACUCCCUGUUCCUAAUGACCCAAAGAACAGGGAACCUGAAAAGAAUUUCCCCUAAUCUGAAUGUGCUGGUUGCUUGAGCAAAAUUUCAGCACACUCUUUAGCAAAAUUUCAACUCUCCUUUGCAGAUGCUGUCUCUAUUUCCUUCUUUCCCUUUCCUGGGAUUGUUUGUUGUUGUUUUUUCCCUCUUCUUUGCUCAUCCUCCACACCUGAAUUGGCCACUAAUUCAAAGAUUCCAAGACUGACGCACAAGGCUGGGAUGGGAAUUCCUCCUCCUCACCAGCCAGAUGGUUCUUUAGGAGACAUCUUCAGACAGCACUUUAAAACAGCUUCUCCAUGGCACCUUCCUUGUGCUUGCUCCCCAAAGAGCAGAAACCCAUUGUGAUUCAGAAAGUGUUUCUGUGCCCUGCCCCUGCCCCUAGAACAUUGUUUCCUUCUCUCAGACCUCCUUUGAAGGAAUGUACCGAACAGUGAGCAAAG